UUUAUAAAAUGUCAAGUAGUGAGAAAUAUAAAAACCUUAAGGUUAAAGAAUUACAAGAAUUAUUACAAAAAUAUAAUCUUCCUCAUACAGGAAAGAAGGAAGAAUUGAUUGAACGUCUUGUAAAAUACAAUGAGAAACAAGAGCUAGCUUCUUUGGAAGAUGAAUUUGGUGAUCUUGAUGAGUUUGAUGAAUCUAAAGUCAACUUAGAUGAUAUUCCAGAAACUGGUAAAUCUAUUGAAGAUUUAACAAAUACUGAAUUAGAAGAUAUUGUAGAUAUUAAAAAUAGUGAUACUACACGAAAAGAAGAUUCCAAAAAGACUAAAUCAUCGGAAACUCUUGCUAUAAAUAAUAAUGUAGUUGUUAAACCUAAUUCCAACUUUAAAUAUACACCCAUCACAUUUGAUAAAGGGCCAUCUGAUACUAAUGUAACUAAAAAGACUGAAACAUCAAUAAAUAAGCCUGUAAUUUCGACAGAGAAAAAGAAUGAUAAAGGAAAACUCAUGAAUGAUGCAGAAAAAGCAUUAGAACGUGCAAAAAGAUUUGGAAUUCAAUUAAAUGAAUCAACCAAAAAAGAAAUUCGUGCACAACGAUUCGGUAUUGCUGCUACAAGUGACGUGGAUGAUAAAACUACUAUAAAAAAAGCCACCAAGUUAGGCGUUGAUCCUGAAGUACUUAAAAAGCGAGCAGAACGAUUUGGUGUUUCAUCUACAGCUACUAAAGGAAAAGUAUCUGUAGUAGCUGAUCCUCUUGAAGAAGAGAAAAAGAGAAAAAGAGCUGAACGCUUUAAUGUAAAUAAAAAGCAAAAAACGGAGUAAAUAAAAAUUUAUUGAAAAAAAAAA